AUGGCGCCAAGUAACCAGAGCCCAGGAAAUGAAGAGAACGCUCCGCCAAAUCAGAUUCCCCUUCAAGAUCUCUCGAAACCAGAAGAUGGCGCUUACGACCGUGGCCGAAGCCCGCGUGGCAGCCUCUUCUCACGACCAUCAAUGAUCGGAAGGGGAUCGCGGAGGGCCUAUGAAAGUGUCGCAGAGGAGUCUCCUAAUGAUUCGGCUGGACCGAGCAGGAAUCCUUUCCGACCAACACAAGGCCAUGCGGACAUUGCUUCGCCCAUUGACGACCUGGGAGGAUUUGCGCAAGCCAUGUCCUCGGUUGGCCUGAACUUCGACGGACCACAAUCAAGAGCUUCACUGUCCGGUCCCCCCGGAGGUCGCGGUUUUGACGAUGCUGCUUCCGAUCUCGAUGUUGUGCCUCUAGACGCUUACGAUCCCCACGACCCCCACGAAUACCAUAUACCCGCGGACGAUGAUGAUAGGGCUGGCCUGACAGAUCCUCGAUACUUACAACCGAUCAGCGGAGCUGCGGGCACGGAGGAACGGCGGAGCAGCGACACUGGUGGUCACUCUUUUCAGUUCGGCGGUUCACGGCUGGGUGACGAUCUCCCUCACUUGGAGGAUGGAUUGGGAAGUCGUCGUGGUAGCAGUGCUCGUGACCGGUCACGUUCGCUGUCUCCCUCCACCUCCGGAGGAGCUCUGCAGCGCGCUAGUUCCAUGGUGAAAUCCAUGUCGCAGCGUGUGGUCAACUUGAGUAACGAACCGGAAGUUGUACAGCAGUCGAUUGAGAGGGAGGAAUCUAAUAAGAAUGCACGAAUGGACGGACCUCCAGUUCUGCCUGCGAUGGUGGCCUUUGAAGACGUUCCUCAACAAGAGACUCCAACUGCUAGAGAGAAGCGUUCCUCAAGCAGAAUAUGGAGGAAUCGAAAUAACCCGUUCAGAGGCAGGUCGCUUGGGCUCUUUGGACCAGACCAUCCCCUUCGACUCUGGCUGUGUGAUAUCCUGGUCCAUUCGUUUAUGGAGCCCGUUAUUUUGAUCGUCAUCGUCAUCCAGACCAUCUUGUUGACUGUUGAAGACGCGCUUCCUAAUUAUCCGAAUUCAGUGGAAUGGGGAAGCAGCAACCUCGAUUACGUUUUCCUUGUCAUUUUCGUCAUAUAUACACUUGAAAUAGGUGCCAAAAUCUUGGUGUCCGGAUUGAUCUUCAACCCCGUUGAGUACAGCACAUUGAAUCGCACUCUCGGCGUCAGGAAAGCGAUAGCGGAGAAGGGCAAGAACCUGAUCACGCCCCAUCGACAGGCUACCACCAGGAAAGCAUCCAUGCUACCAGCCGAACCGCAAGCCUCGAUUCUGCGAACAUUCACAGGGAUGAAUGGAUUAGAUCCUGAAGUCCUCGAUGACCCUUCACAUAAACGCCGCGUUAGACUUGCCCACCGUGCAUUUCUCCGACACUCUUUCAAUCGCCUGGACUUCGUAGCAGUGGUCGCCUUUUGGGUAUCGUUUUUCCUUACAUUGUCGGGUGUGGAGAAAACACGCCAAUUGUACAUUUUCCGCAUGCUGAGUUGCCUUCGUAUCUUGCGUUUGCUUGCCAUGACCAACGGCACUUCGGUUAUUCUUCGAAGUCUCAAACGAGCAGCUCCUCUCCUCGUACAUGUUGCAUUCCUGAUUGGUUUCUUCUGGCUUCUAUUUGCUAUCAUUGGCAUCCAGAGCUUCAAAUCCAGUUUCCGGAGAACUUGUGUUUGGAUUGAUCCUGAGGGUAAGAGAAAUUUCACAUUGAAUAACGCAUGGGAUACACUGCAGUUUUGCGGUGGAUAUCUCAAUAACACGACCGGAGAAAAAAUGCCAUGGCUUGACUCUACAGGGUUGGACUCAGGAUUCGGCCCUAAAGGAUACCUUUGUCCGCAGGGCUCCAUAUGCAUGGAAGGUGGCAAUCCGUACAAGGGAACAUUCGGCUUCGACAACAUUCUACACUCAUUGGAAAUGGUAUUCGUGAUCAUGAGUUCCAAUACCUUUACUGAUCUGUUGUACUACACCACUGACAGUGACUACCUCGCGGCAGCUCUAUUUUUUGCCUGCGGUCUUGUCAUUUUGAGUCUCUGGUUGGUGAACCUGCUGGUCGCCGUUAUCACGCACUCAUUCCAGGUGAUCCGAGAAGAGAGCAAGCGCAGUGCUUUUGCCGUUCAAAAGAUAGAUGUUGUCGAGGAAGAUGAGACAACGACUCGCAAAAUCAGUCCCCUCAAGCGUAUCUAUGACCAAACUGAGUGGGUUUGGGUCUGUAUCAUCAUUUUUGACCUCAUUGUGCAAGCGCUUAGGAGCUCGUCUAUGUCCGCCAGCCGUGCCAAAUUCAUCGAUACCACCGAGACUGUGGUCACUCUCGUUUUCCUCGUUGAGAUUAUCCUGCGUUUUGCCUCGGAUUGGAGAGUUUUUCAUCACAGGCGACGUAAUCUGACAGACUUCUUGCUUGUUAUAAUUACCUGCAUCAUCCAACUGCCGCCCAUCAGGAACUCAGGCCGCGCAUACACAGUUCUCACUCUCUUCCAGAUCCUACGGGUCUACCGGGUCGUUCUGGCAUUCUCUGUGACAAGAAAGCUGAUCAUGGUGGUCUUCCGUAACACCGUCGGUCUGCUUAACCUUAUCUUCUUCCUAUUCUUGAUGACUUUCCUCGCUGCCAUCUUCGCAACACAGCUUUUCCGGAGCCAGAUACCAUCCGAAGAUGAAGGUGGUGGCACGAUCUUGAUCACAUUUGGAAACAUUUACAACUCGUUUUUGGGAAUGUACCAAAUCCUUUCAAGUGAGAAUUGGACCGUUAUCCUUUAUAAUGCCACUGCAUACACUACCGACUUCAAUACCGCCUGGAUCUCGGCGGCGUUUAUCAUCCUUUGGUUCAUCGUUGCGAACUUCAUCAUUCUAAACAUGUUCAUUGCUGUCAUUCAGGAGAGCUUCGAUGUGUCAGAGGAUGAGAAACGCCUGCAUCAAGUCAGAGCAUUCCUGGAACAGAAACAAGUUCACGGAGCACCUCAAGGAACUUUGGCCCUUUCGAAGAUCUUCCGUCUGGGUCGAGAUUCAGCCCGGUAUAAGGAUCCACUCGAUCACGGUCCUGCGGCAUUGGAAAUGCUGCUCAAGGAUGCCGUGGUGCACGAGUUUCUAGACGAAGAGGAGGGCAAGCAGGAUGAACGACCAAAGGGCACACGAAGAGACAGUGCAAUGCAUGAAGGAGCUGCUCAGGAUACCGUUCAACCUGGCUGGAUCUCACUCAUGUGGACCAAGGCCAGCACACUCGUCAUGCGUCGGGAACCGAACCCUUUCUACUCAAAGUUGAAGUUCUCCCGUGCCUACGAGGAAUUGGAUCCGAGAACCAUGGCAAGAGAAGUUGUUACUGCGGCAGAACAGAGAAAGCGGGACCAGCGGGAGUUCCUAGUGAAGCAUCCCAACUACAACAAAUCGCUGUUCAUAUUCUCCCCGGACCAUUUUGUUCGAAGACUCUGCCAGCGCAUUGUUGGUCCAGGACGUGGUCACCAACGAGUGGAGGGCGUCGAUCCUUACAAACCAGUGUGGUAUGCCUUCUCAGCUUUCAUUUACGCAGCAAUUGUCGCAAUGGUGCUUCUUGCCUGCAUCACAACGCCACUUUACCAGCGGGAGUAUUUCCGCACUGAUCGCAAUUGGUUCGUCUAUACCGAUCUUGGCUUUGCUGUUGUGUUCUCCAUCGAAGCCACGAUCAAGGUCGUUGCCGAUGGCUUCUUCUGGACGCCGAACGCAUUCUUCCGAAGCUCCUGGGGUUUCAUCGACGGAAUUGUGUUAGUCACCCUUUGGGUUAGUGUCGGCGGGUCGCUCCGAGAGGACUGGAGUGUCUCUAGGGCUAUUGGUGCCUUCAAAGCACUGAGAGCUCUGCGUCUGUUGAAUGUCAGUGACAGUGCGAAAGAUACUUUCCACUCUGUCAUCAUUGUUGGAGGAUGGAAGGUCGUGGCUGCGGCGGCCGUCUCCAUGAGUUUCUUGAUUCCCUUUGCAAUCUAUGGUGUCAAUCUUUUCAACGGGCAGAUGAUGAGCUGCAAUGACGGUAAUUUCGCUGGAAAUCUGACCAAUUGUGUUGGCGAAUUCGCCAAUUCGCCUUACAACUGGGACGUUCUCUCCCCGCGCGCUGUAGAGAACGCAUACUACGACUUCGAUAAUUUUGGCGACUCUCUCUUCAUUCUGUUCCAGAUUGUAUCUCAGGAGGGUUGGAUCGAUGUGCAAGAAAGCGCGAUGGGCAUUACUGGAAAGAUGAUGCAGCCGCAAGGUAUGAUUGCACCAGAGAACGGAUUGUUCUUCGUUGUAUUCAACUUGCUUGGAGCUGUGUUUGUCCUGACGCUGUUUGUGUCUGUGUUCAUGCGUAACUACACAGAACAGACUGGAGUUGCGUUCUUGACUGCCGAACAACGUUCCUGGUUGGAAUUGCGCAAGCUUCUACGACAGGUAUCGCCCUCGAAGCGCUCGUUUGACGACAAGAGCAAGAAAUUGCGGCUGUGGUGUUACCGGAUUGCAGUCAAGAAGCAUGGCCGAUGGGCAACAUUCGUGACUUUGAUUCUUUGCAUCCACUUGCUUUUGCUAGUCCUGGAGUAUUACCCCGAACCUGCUUGGUGGGAACUGGUUCGCAGUAUUAUAUUCUUUGCGUUCAUGUUUGUUUACGCAGGAAAUGUUAUGAUACGUCUGAUUGGCCUUGGGUGGCAUCGAUUCAGCCGAAGUUCAUGGGACCUAUUUUCUCUUAUAGCCGUUCCUGGCGCUUUCAUCACCUCUAUCUUGGAUAUUGCUUACAAUCAAAGACACGUCGUGGUUGAGCUCAACAAGCUCUUCCUCGUGUCCGUUGCUUUGCUGCUUAUUCCACGAAACAACCAGCUUGACCAGCUCUUCAAGACAGCUGCAGCCAGUCUUUCUGUGAUUGGCAAUCUUCUGGCCACCUGGUUCGUGUUGUUCUUGGUGUAUGGCAUUGCGAUGAACCAAGCGUUUGGUCUUACCAAGUUUGGCGACAACGAGGAUCACAACAUCAAUUUCCGCGAUGUGCCCAAGUCUCUCAUCUUGCUAUUUCGAGCCAGUUGUGGAGAGGGUUGGAACGAACUCAUGGAGGACUUUGCUACCAUGGCCCCGCCCUUUUGCACAUACAACUCCAACUUCCUCGACGAUGACUGCGGAAGUCCGGGAUGGGCCCGGUCUCUCUUCAUCUCCUGGAACUUGAUCAGUAUGUAUAUCUUUGUCUCGCUGUUUGUCUCUCUUAUCUUCGAGAGUUUCUCCUAUGUCUACCAGCGGAGCAGCGGGCUGUACGCGAUUAGUCGCGAGGAGAUUCGCCGAUUCAAGCAGGCGUGGGCCACGUACGAUCCAGAUGGAACCGGGUUUGUCUCAAAGGAGCAGUUCCCUCGCCUUCUGGGAGAAUUGUCUGGUGUCUUUGCAACACGGAUUUACGAGGGUGAGUUCUCGGUUGGGAGCAUCCUUGAACGAUGCCGAGUCGAGCCUCACAGAAACUCAAUGGCUUCGCUUGCAAGAAAUUCGAUGGUUUCAUUGCAUGAGCCACGGCCGCCUAUUCGACCAACUUCGCGUGUCGCGGCCGGUGUGGAUCUCGACGAGCUCUCUCGGAUCAUAUCAAAAAUCCCCGUGCAAACUAUUCGAGAAAGGCGUGAGCGGUUGAAUACUUUCUACGAAGAAGUCCUGGUAUCAGCAGACCCUGAUCGCGGCAUCUCCUUCCACCAGUGCCUGAUGAUUCUCGCUCAUCACAAUGUGAUCAGUGACAGCAAGAGUUUACGUUUGGAAGAAUUCUUGCGCCGCCGGGCACGGUUGCAGCGUGUGGAGGAGGCUGUCCGUCGAAACACCGUCGUCGGCUUUUUUGAUACCCUGUACUGGUCUCGUCGAUUCCGUCGCCAGGUUGAGCGCAAGAAGUCUGGCCGGAUGAGCAUGAUCCCAACAUUCACCGUGCCCGAGAUAUUUGUCGAUGACCCAGUCGACGAGCAUGACGAGCACGAUGAACCCGGUUCUGGAGCAAUGACCCCACAAACCCAACCAGAAUUUGAUACCAAUGUCGCGCCCAUGCUCUCGCCGGUCUCUCUCCACCGACGAGCAGAGUCCAGCCCGGCAGCGCGCCACGAAACUCUGCCUCGCAUCGACACCAAUUUGAGCGGGCGAGCGUCUGGAGCCAGCACGCCAACGAGGGAUUGGUCAAGCAUCAGCCCCUCCCGCACUCCGCAGCACAUGUAUGGGAAUCGCGCCUCGUUCGACACUCACGAAACGCUCGAGUCUUCUUCUGUCACGCGUUCGCGUCAGAAUAGCAUCAUGAAUGUCCAAGGAGUCAUGAAUUCGUUAGAUAACUCCGCCUGGGGCGAGAGUCUCCGGCGAAGUUUCACGCAACGGCGACCCGGCGACCGAUCGUCUGAUUAA